AUGGGUAGGGGUUUCCGAGCUCUAUGCGUCUUCUUUGUUUCUCGAUUUCUCGAUUAUGCGCUUACUUCUUUUUAUCUUGAGGCAGAGAUCCGCGCAUUACAGCUUGAUUCAGCAGAUGAAAACAAUGGUGGUGUCGUUCCAGAAGAUCAUAACUCUGUUGAAGUUGAGAAAUCGGAUAAAGAAGCAGAAGACCUGAAAGAUGAGGUGCAAGAAUCAGUCCCAGUUCCUGACGAGCAACAAGCUUCUGAGGAUCAUGAUGAAGUAAUGCUUCAUCCAGUGCAUAACCCAGCAAAAGCUAAAGAGAAAGCUGCUCAAGAGAAGGCUGCCAAAGAGGAAGCUGAAGAGGAAGCAGAAGCAAAUAAAAAGAGACACUUGAACGUCGUGUUCAUUGGGCAUGUUGAUGCUGGUAAAUCUACAAUUGGAGGACAGAUUCUUUUCCUUAGCGGCCAGGUGGAUGAUCGACAAAUCCAAAAGUAUGAGAAGGAAGCAAAAGACAAAAGUAGAGAAAGCUGGUAUAUGGCAUAUAUAAUGGAUACAAAUGAAGAGGAGAGGCUCAAGGGUAAAACAGUUGAAGUUGGAAGGGCACACUUUGAAACUCAGAGCACUAGAUUUACCAUUUUGGAUGCUCCGGGACACAAGAGUUACGUACCUAAUAUGAUUAGUGGAGCAUCUCAAGCAGACAUUGGUGUGCUGGUGAUUUCAGCUCGGAAAGGUGAAUUUGAAACGGGAUAUGAGAGGGGUGGUCAGACACGUGAACACGUUCAACUUGCCAAAACAUUGGGUGUGUCGAAGCUGAUUGUUGUUGUAAACAAGAUGGAUGAUCCAACUGUAGGCUGGUCGAAAGAAAGGUAUGAUGAAAUAGAACAAAAAAUGGUACCGUUCCUGAAAGCCUCUGGCUACAACACAAAGAAAGAUGUUGUCUUCCUACCUAUAUCUGGUCUAAUGGGAAUAAAUAUGGACACGAGGAUGGGUCAAACCGUUUGUCCUUGGUGGAGUGGCCCCUGCUUUUUUGAAGUCCUUGACUCUAUUGAAAUUCCACCACGGGAUCCUAAUGGUCCAUUCAGGAAAUCCAUGACUCGUGUUUCUGCACAUGCAACUGGUCUAACUUUGAAAAUGAUGCCUAUUAUUGAUAAAUUCAAGGACAUGGGAACUGUUGUUAUGGGAAAAGUAGAAUCUGGCAGCAUUAAGGAGGGUGAUUCCUUGGUUGUUAUGCCAAACAAGGAACAUGUGAAAGUUGUUGCUAUAUAUUGCGAUGAAGAUAAAGUUAAACGUGCAGGACCUGGUGAGAAUUUGAGACACUGGUAA